AUGGAGGAAGAUGCAGCUUUUGAUCUACUCAAAGCCGAACUCUUAAACGCAGAAGACGAUGCAAUAAUCUCACGUUAUCUGAAGCGUAUGGUCGUCAACGGAGACUCAUGGCCUGAUCACUUCAUCGAAGACGCAGACGUGUUCAACAAGAAUCCAAAUGUGGAGUUCGAUGCUGAGAGCCCUAGCUUCGUGAUAGUUAAACCUCGAACAGAGGCUUGUGGUAAAACCGAUGGAUGUGAAACUGGUUGCUGGAGGAUCAUGGGUCGUGAUAAACCGAUAAAAUCGACGGAGACUGUGAAGAUUCAAGGGUUCAAGAAGAUUCUCAAGUUCUGCCUAAAGAGGAAACCUAGAGGAUACAAGAGAAGUUGGGUAAUGGAAGAGUAUAGGCUUACCAAUAACUUGAACUGGAAGCAAGAUCAUGUGAUUUGCAAGAUUCGGUUUAUGUUUGAAGCUGAAAUCAGUUUCUUGCUAGCCAAGCAUUUCUACACUACAUCAGAAUCACUUCCUCGAAAUGAGCUGUUGCCAGCUUACGGAUUCCUUUCAUCAGAUAAGCAAUUGGAGGAUGUAUCUUAUCCGGUGACGAUAAUGACUUCUGAAGGAAACGAUUGGCCUAGCUACGUUACCAACAAUGUGUAUUGUCUGCAUCCAUUGGAGCUCGUUGAUCUUCAAGAUCGGAUGUUUAAUGAUUACGGAACCUGCAUCUUCGCUAACAAGACUUGUGGUAAAACCGAUAGAUGCAUUAAUGGUGGUUACUGGAAAAUUUUGCACCGUGAUAGGCUGAUCAAGUCAAAGUCCGGGAUAGUUAUUGGUUUCAAGAAGGUGUUUAAGUUUCAUGAAACGGAGAAAGAAAGAUACUUCUGUGGUGGAGAAGAUGUGAAGGUAACUUGGACUCUAGAAGAGUAUAGGCUUAGCGUGAAGCAGAAUAAAUUCUUGUGCGUUAUCAAGUUUACUUAUGAUAACUAA